UUAUUUUGAAAACAGGAAGUUUUCGACAUUGCUUCCGUUAGGCAGUUUACCGUAAUUGCGACUACAUACAAGCACCUCAAAUUUAGCGGGGGUAGAUUCUACAACGGAAAACCAGCGAAACCUGUACCGCAGUCUUCUUUUACGUUUUUUAAGCUGCACACAUUGGCUUCGUGUAUUACGGCUGUUAGCGUUGCGAAUAAUUCUAUUAACAGCCUUACGGUUCAGUCCCAAUCGCUUUUCACUGAUCAGGUGCAUCCGUUAGCGACGCGGUGCGGCAGAAAUGCGCAGCGGGAGGACACAGGGGGUGUGAGGCAACGUCAGUGCUGCUUCCUGAGUUUUCAGAGUUAUUGUGCCUGAUAUUCAGUUUUCUGCCGAAUCUCCUCACUCUCUCCACCGCCUGGCUCGGGGAGGCGACGUCAUGAGUUGAUCUCUCCCGCUGACAGAUGUUACUGAGCUCCAGCUGCAUGAACAGAGAUUAUCCGUAUGUUCUCGCUGCUCUCGCUAAUUCUGCCUUUUUAAUUUAAAGGGAAGAGUUUGUGCCCUAAAUGAUUAGUCCUCGCGUUGUGCUGGGACGGAUCGCCUUCAUUUGAUUUUCGGUAUUGCAUAAAAUGCUACCUGGAUCUGCCGCAUCAAUGCUACCGUCUGCAGAAGCCGCCAAACUGUACCAGACCAAUUACGUCCGCAACUCCCGUGUCAUCGGACUCCUGUGGGCCAUCUUUACCAUCCUGUUCGGUAUUGUCAACGUGACCAUCUUCUCACAGCCCUACUGGAUCGGGGAUGGGGUGAAUACGCCGCAGGUUGGCUACUUCGGCCUUUUUCACUACUGCGUCGGAGAUGGACACUCCAGAGAGCUGGCCUGUCAGGGCAGCUUCACCGAGUUCGCCAACAUCCCCUCCACUGCCUUCAAGGCCGCCUCUUUCUUCAUCGGGAUGUCCAUGAUGCUGGUUGUCACCUGCAUCGGUUGCUUCAGUCUCUUCUUUCUGCUCAGCACCUCCACCGUGUAUAAGAUCUGUGGCUGGAUGCAGGGAGCUUCAGGUCUCUGUCUGGUGCUGGGCUGUAUGAUUUACCCUGAUGGCUGGGACAGUGACGAGGUGCGGCGGAUGUGUGGGGAGCAGACGGACAAGUACAGCCUUGGAGCCUGCUCAGUGCGCUGGGCCUACAUCUUGGCCAUAAUGGGAAUCCUUGACGCUCUCAUCCUCUCUUUCCUGGCCUUCGUCCUGGGGAAUCGGCAGGAUGGCCUCAUGUCUGAAGAGCUUCUGGCCGAAAGCAAAGAGGGGGGCAACGCCUAAUCAACUCAAUAUUGUACCUGAAUAUCCAUCUGUCCGUUUUCAUUACGGUCCCUAAACAUCAGCAUAAAGGAAGGAAAGAGUCCAGGCCUGUGGUAGAGGAGAAGAAGAAGAAGAAGAAGAAGAGUUCUAUGAAACCAGCCAACCUGCCUCUUACAUCUACCUGCCAAAAAACUACUAUAUUACCACAGAUGAGUCCAUUCCACUAAUAGCCCCUGCAUCAUUCCCAGCACCUAGAUGGAGCCCACUGUUCUUUUACAACAUCCAUGGAGCUCACUGGACAGCGUUACAUCGGCCAUGGCAGGGGCAGAGACUGUUAUUCUGUUGAGUUGCAUACGGACGUUAAAGGUGGAGAGAAAUGAAAGAGUUUGUCACCUGCAGUACGAGCACAGACACACAAACACUUUAUACACACAAGGCACCACACUGUCCUCCACGCCGACAACAUUCAAACAAUACACAAACCAGUUGUAAUAACCAAUGUGAAACUAUGUUAACACUUAACCGUGUGUUUAAACGUCAGAGUUUGUGUCAGUUUUGUUUGGUUUUUUUUCGUGAAAAGAAACGUUAAAUUUCCUAAACACUAGGUUACUGUAAAUCUAUUGUGUAUCAAAUGUAAUGUUUUAAAAUUACACAAAACGUUUUUUUUUUGCUUAUAUGCUUCUUUAUUCUCCUUUAUUUACUAUAAAGAAAAGAUAUUUAAGACUGUUUUAUAAGAAGAUUAUUACCAAAAUGAGAGACGGUAUUUGAAGGUAUGUAGAUUGAAUUUGAACGAUGUAGAAAAUUUAACAAAGCCCAUUUGAUGCUCCGCUAGCUAACUUUGCACAGUGCUUUAGUUUGAGUAAAAAUAAUCUGGCAAAAAAAACUAAUUUUAUAGUCUGUACACUGUGAUGGGGCUAGUAGGAUUCUCUGCUGCAGGACUCAUACAUGUGUAUAGUAUGUGUGUGUGUGUGUGUGUAUUUGAGUGCAUGCACAUACAUUACUUUUAGUGUGAAUGUGUCGUGUGCAGUAGCUUGUUGGGCUCGUCAACUCAUAUUCCAGCCGGACACAUGGUUCAGCUGUUGUGUAGCGAAACCUGUCUCUUUAUGUGUCUUUAUCUUUUGAUUAUGUAUUUAUUUUGACUUUGUUGGGACAUACAGGGUACCAGACUGAAGCUAAUGACUGAAGAUGUGGAGAGAGAGACAGAUGUGGCUGAGGUGGAGCUAGUGAGUCAGUAUGGCCUGUCCCAGUCUCAUCUAUGGAUGUGUUUUUAUGUAAAUAGAUAUUCUAUAAAUAACAAGAUAUUAGAAAAAAACGUGGACAUGGAGUUCAACCAACAGCAAAUAGAGAGAUUCCUUAAAAAAAUAUAUUAACACUUAAUAAAGGUUUUCACUGUAAAA